AUGGUUAACGCCACUACAGAUAUGAAUAAAAGCUGUUCAACUACAACAAGCUCGACAGUCGUACCUCUCUUAGUUAAACCGAAAGAGACAAGAAAGUUCCCCACGAAAACCUUUGACAACUUCCGCAGCGAUGCGGAGCAAGAUGUGGAACAUCCUAUUUAUGUGGGCACAAAUGGCAGAACAUACAAUGAUAAAGCUGCGGCAUCAAAUACUGCUAAUACAAACCUAGUCAGAAUUUUGAGAGGCCGCCAUUUGCAGAUGUUAGCCAUUGGAGGUUCGAUAGGUACUGGGCUAUUCGUAAGCUCCGGGGCAGCAUUAGCAAGUGGAGGUCCUGGUUCUCUGCUUCUUGCAUAUAUCUUGACAGGAGGAAUGUUAUACUGUACUGUGCAAGCACUAGGAGAAAUGGCAGUCACCUUUCCAAUCGCCGGUUCAUUCUCGACAUUUGCCACCCGCUUUAUUGAUCCAGCUUGGGGCUUUGCAACCGGCUGGAACUAUGCCAUUCAAUGUCUCAUCAUCAUGCCUGUGGAGCUCAUGGCCGCAGCCAUCACUCUCGAAUAUUGGGAUCUUCCAAUACCCACUUGGGCUAGUAUCACACUCUUCUUAGCCAGUGUUGCCUUUAUUAGUCUUUGUGGCAUCAAAACCUUUGGUGAGGCAGAGUAUGCCUUCUCGAUAUUGAAAGUCACAGCUAUCAUAGGUUUCAUCCUUCUUGGCAUCGUGAUAAAUUGCACCGGGACUCCUCAGACGGGUUAUAUAGGGGUUAAGUAUUGGAUUCACCCCGGGGCCUUCAAUCAUGGUUUCAAAGGAUUUUGUAACAUCCUUGUUAUGGCCGCAUUUUCCUUCGCAGGGACAGAACUAGUUGCAUUAGCAGCUGCCGAGACCUAUAACCCAAGCAAAUCCUUACCAACAGCUAUUAAGCAGGUUUUCUGGCGUAUUGUUUUGUUCUAUAUCUUAAGCAUAUUCAUAAUCGGACUACUUGUCCCCUACAACACUCCCUCCCUUCUUUCCACCUCAAAUGCCAGCACCAAUAAAGCCUCCCCUUUCAUAAUAGCCAUACAGUCAGCAGGUAUCAAUGGUCUUGACUCAGUAAUGAACGCCGUAAUUCUAAUAGCUGUCCUCUCCGUCGCCAAUUCCUGCGUCUUCGGCUCUUCGCGUCUCCUCGCCUCUCUCGCAGCACAAGGCCAAGCUCCUCGUUACCUAGCUUACAUAGAUCGUAAAGGCCGUCCUAUAAUCGCCGUUUUUAUCUCUUUAGCCUUCGGUCUUCUGGCCUAUCUAUACGUAUCUUCCAUUGGAAAUACUGCUUUCACGUGGUUACUAGCUCUCUCGGGUCUAUCGUCACUUUUUACUUGGGGAACAAUCUGUUAUUCGCAUAUCCGAUUUCGUAAAGCAUGGGCACAACAGGGUCAUAGGACUGAUUCCCUCAUAUAUCAAUCUCCAGUUGGUACGAUCGGUUCGUGGGUUGGUCUCAUCAUGAUCAUAUUAGUUCUCGCAGCGCAAUUCUGGGUAGCGGUCGAUCCGAUUGGUGAUAAUAAUGAGGGAAUUAAUGAUAAGAUUAGUGGUUUCUUUGAGGCAUAUUUGGCAUUGCCUGUGGUAUUGAUGUUUUAUGCGGGAUAUAAACUUUGGUAUAGGACUAGGUGGAUGAAGAUUGAAGCGAUUGAUUUGAGAACGGGUAGGAAUGAUGUGGACGCGGGGUUUUUGUAUAGAGGGUCUAGAGGACAAAGAUGGGAGAUGGGAAUGGAGGAGUGGCCGAGGUGGAAGAAGAUUUAUAAGUUGCUUUGUUAA